AUGUUAAAUCCUGUUAUAUUUAUAAACGAUCCAGUUAAGAAAGAUUAUUCAGAAUUUAUACUUUCAAUACUUCCUCAAUUUUCCAAUUGUUUUCAAUUAGAUAUUGUUAUACUUUCACCUAUUUCAACAUCAAAUGAUUUAAAUUUCAUAUUAUGUAAAUAUUAUCAACUUGUAAGAAAUUAUAUUGAAUCAAAUCUUGAUUUAUUUGAUUAUAGAUUUGAAAUUAAUAUUUUAUUUAAUUUAUCCCAUGAAAAAUUAUUAAAAUUAAUUGAAAAUUCAUGGAAUAAAGGAUAUAUUAUUGAUAAUGAAGUUAAUAUCAUUAGAAAUUUACCAAUAUCAUUAAUUAAAUCAACUAAUAUUUCCCUUCCUAAUGAAACAUCAUCAUCACCAUCAUCAUCAAUUAUUUCAAAAAAUAAUAAAAAUUAUCAAGAAUUUAAUAUAUGUGCAGUUGGUGGAACAUUUGAUCAUUUACAUGAUGGUCAUAAAAUUUUACUUUCAAUGAGUUUAUUUUUAACUUUUUCAAAAUUAAUUAUUGGUAUAACUGGUUCAUCAUUACUUUUAAAUAAAAAAUUUAAUCAAGUUUUACAAUCUUUUAAUAUUAGAAAAUCUUCAGUUUUAAAUUUUAUUCAAUUAAUUCAUCCUUUAAUUUCAGGUGGAAAAUUAAUUGAAUUUUAUGAAAUUAAUGAUAUUUGUGGUCCUACUGGUUAUAUUUCAAAUAUUGAUUCUUUAAUAAUAUCAGAGGAAACUACUUCUGGCGGAGUAUUUGUAAAUAAAUAUCGUAAAGAUCAUGGUUUUAAACAAUUGGAUAUAACUUCAAUCAAAGUCAUUGGUGAUGAUCAAAGUAAUUCUGAUAAUUCUUGGAAAGGAAAAUUAAGUUCAACUGAUAUUAGACAAAGAGAAUACAAUAGAUUACAUAUCAAUAACUAA